AUGGAAACUUCACGGGUCCAGUAUGGGCGUAAGGGGAUGAACAUGGCCAACAUUGUUGGCGACCCCUUUGCACUUGCGACCAUCUCUAUCUCGGUGUUGGCAUGGUUGGUGUCCUUCAUCGGCGGCGUUAUCGCCCAAAUCCAAGUCGGCGGCACGAGAAGCUUCCCACCUUUUGCUUGGUGGUCUACCGUCUACAUCUUCUUCCUUAUAAUAGGAAUUUUCGUCACCGUUGCGUCUGAUACCAUUCAAACCUACCACGUCGCCGUUGUCGGUUAUCUCGCUGCCGGCCUCAUUCUUUCGUCCUCUUCUGUCAAUUUCCUCAUUUUCGUCAACCUCGGCUCGUUCCAGGCUACCGCUGCCGGCUUUAUCCUUCUCUCGAUGGUUCAGAUUGUCUGGAUCUUUUACUUCGGAUCGGCGCCCUCUGCCGUCCCUCGCGCGUACCUUGAUUCCUUCGCCUUGACGAAGGAGUCCACCAUGAACCGACAGCCCAUGAACGGCUACGGCGGCAUGGCGAGGCCCGAGACGUCGACAUCCGUCCAGCCCCCAGAUGUACACCUCGGCCCAGCUCAAUGCGCCACGAAACCCACCGUUGGCGCUAACGAUACGGAGGUGGUACCACCUACGGAAUACCCCUACCGCGCCAAGGCGAUCUAUAGCUACGAAGCUAACCCCGACGAUGCCAACGAAAUCUCCUUCUCAAAGCAUGAGAUUCUGGAGGUGAGCGAUGUCAGCGGCCGGUGGUGGCAAGCGCGGAAGGAGAAUGGCGAGACGGGCAUCGCGCCAAGCAACUACCUCAUCCUGUUAUGA